UGGGAAAUGUUGAUUCUUUGGAGAAACAUACAUCUUCAGGUAUAUUCACCCAUAGCGACAUGACACAGUUGGAUUCAUUUUCCAGAAAAGAGCAAGUCAAUUUUCACAAUCCAGCGGCUGAAGAUAAUCCGACUUCUAGUGAACUUAUCGCAGACAAGUCGCGCUCGAUCAACAAAGAUUUUCAUAUGGUCUUAGAACUGUUUGAAGAUCACCAAAAUCCAAAGGAAGAGCAUGGUUGGGUUACACGCGAAAUCACACAUAAAGAGUUUGCUGAACGCACUAGGAAGCAAGCAGAAAUUUUGAGAGAUUUGAAGCUUCUUGAACUGGGGAAAUUUGAUUUGAUUUCUAAGGAAAUUCUGGAAUCAACACUCAAAGAUCAUUUACAAGAUUGCGAUAUCCAAACAUGGCUUGGAGAUAGUACCCCUGACAUUGCAAUUGUUGCAAAAGAUGAAGGGAAAAAAUUGGGCCUUUCACUUUUGGAUCAAAUCAAGAAAGAAGUUGUUGAUUAUAAAGUCUUAAUACCUUUCAGUGAUGCUGAAUUUGAAGAUUAUCUCAUAUGCAACACUUCGAAAUAUCUGCCUUAUUUAUUUGAAACUGUUGAUUUCUUGUGGAAGAAUGAAUUCAUUGACCAGGAAUGUUUGAGUAACAUUUCUGAAGAUGAGAAAUUUUUGAGGAGAGCAAGUCUUUACACUAGGAAAUAUUAUUUCUCCAAACUAAAUGUCAUGAGUCAUGAAUAUGGGACAAAUAUAACAAAGCAGUGGUUUGCGCCCUUAGGGUUUCAGUUUAUUGAUGCUCUUAAUGCACAACAACAGGCAAGAGCAAAAUUACAAUUGAUAACUGCAAAUAUGAUGCAAAUAUCUAACUAUUAUGAAUUUCCAUUUCGUUCACCUGAGGCUCAAGCUGCUAAAGAAUUUAAAGAAUUACUCUCAAGCCAAAGAUACUCCAAUUACCUUAAAUCUGGAAAGCAACUUUCAAAUUUGAGAUACUCAAAUGAUUUACACAAUGAAAAUUUAGAGUUGAAGUAUCUGUGA